AGUUAAUCAACCAGAAGGUAAAAGUUUCUCCCCUUCUGCAGAGAAUCCCGAGUUUGUCUCUCUGGUCUCUGUUGUCAUAAAAAAUCUGCUGGAUUUGCAGAAGGCCAGCGUGUAGAAUCCCAGACUUGAGCAGGUCACAGGAAGAUGGAGAAGCAGAUCCUCAUCAUUUUCCUGGCUGCAUCCUGCGAAAGUGUGAUAAGAGCCUCUGUAGAGGCAGAGGACCUCCCUCAGCAGCUCCCACUUUCAGGGGCCCAGGAUGUUCGUCCACGCUUUAAGAGAGACUGGAUUUGGAACCAAAUGCACAUCCAGGAGGAGAUGACUAGCAAGCUCCCUCAUCACGUGGGCAAGAUCACAUCAAGUGUGAACAGCAAAAAUGCCAGGUAUGUUCUCAAAGGGCCCGAGGCGGGCAAAGGCAAACUCUUUCGAGUCAAUGAACAGACUGGAGAUGUGUAUGCUUUCGAGAGACUGGACCGGGAGAAGAAAUCGGAAUAUUACCUCACUGCAUACAUUGUGGACAAAGAUACCAACGAGAACCUGGAGCCACCCUCCAACUUUACCAUCAAAGUUCAUGACGUGAAUGAUAACGCCCCCGAAUUUGCACAGAGAGUUUACAAUGGCUCGGUGCCGGAGAUGUCAGGUGUUGGAACUUCAGUCACCAGGAUCACAGCAGUGGACGCAGAUGACCCCACCGUGUUAGGCCAUGCCUCAGUUUCCUACAAUAUAAUUCGUGGCAGAGAAUAUUUCACCAUCGACAGUUCUGGCACCAUCUUUACAGCUGUAAAUAACCUGGAUCGAGAAAAGCAGUCCAAGUAUGAGAUUGUGGUGGAAGCCAGAGAUGGUCCAGGGCUCCAUGGGGAGUCCAGCACAGCCACCGUGGUCAUCACUUUGAGUGACAUCAAUGACAACUUCCCUAUCUUCACUGAAACAAAUUACAAAUUUGUGGUUCCUGAAGAUAUCCGAGUGGGAAGCCCCCUGGGGUCCCUGACAGUCGAAGACCCUGAUGAGCCCCAGAACCGAAUGACCAAGUACAGCAUCGUCCAGGGAGAAUACAGGGACACCUUUGUCAUUGAGCUCGAUGCUUCCAGGAACGAAGGCAUCAUCAAGCCCAUGAAGCCCCUGGACUAUGAGCACAUCAAAGAAUAUAGCUUCACCAUUGAGGCAACAGACCCAACAAUCAACCUCCGGUACCUGAAUAACGUUCCCUCAAAGAACCUAGCUGUUGUUUACAUCAAUGUCACUGAUGUGGAUGAGCCACCAGUAUUCUCUCAACAUUUCUACCACUUCAAGCUGAUGGAAAAUCAAAAGAAACCCUUAAUUGGCUCAGUGUUAGCCAGGGACCCUGAUGCGGCUCAACGGAAUAUUGGAUACUCCAUCCGGAAGAACAGCGAUAGAGGACAAUUUUUCAGAAUCACCAAGCAGGGUUACAUUUCCAAUGUUAAGGAGUUGGACCGUGAAAUCUACCCUUGGUAUAACCUGACCGUUGAAGCCAAAGAGCUGGAUCCUCAUGGUGUCCCCACGGGACUAGAAUCCAUUGUUCAAGUUCACAUGGAGAUCCUGGAUAUGAACGACAAUGCCCCAGAGAUUGCACAACCCAAUGAUGCCAAAGUGUGUGAGAACGCCGCCCCCGGAACAUUAGUCACGCGGAUCUUAGCCACAGACAAGGAUAUCACACCACCAGAUGUGAAAUUCAGAUACUCACUGAGUAGAGAGGACAGCAACUUCACCCUGACAGAAAAUGGAGACAAUUCGGCCAACAUCACGGUGAAGUACGGUCAGUUUGAUCGGGAGAGAGCCAAGGUUCACUACCUUCCUGUGGUAGUUUCCGACAACGGGAAACCCAGCCUCACAGGCACCACCACCCUCGUCAUCACAGUGUGCAAAUGCAAUGAACAUGGGGAGCCCACCUUCUGUGAAGAGCCAGCCAGGCAGGUGGGAGUGAGCAUCCAGGCCCUUGUAGCCAUCUUUCUGUGCAUCCUCACCAUCAUUGUGAUCACGGUGCUAAUCGUCCUCCGACGGCGGUUAAGGAAACAGGACAGAGCCCAAGGCAAGAACGUAGCAGAGAUCCAUGAGCAGCUGGUCACCUAUGAUGAGGAAGGUGGCGGGGAGAUGGAUACCAACAGCUACGAUGUAUCUGUGCUCAACUCAGUCCGCAAGACCAGCGGGAAGCCUCCGGGAGGGAAGCCCCCCAGGCCUGCUCUGGAUGCUCGGCCUUCUCUCUAUGCUCAGAUCCAGAAGCCUCCGAGGUCUGCUCACCCCCAGGCGGUUCCCGGGGAGAUGGCUGUCAUGAUCGAGGUGAAGAAGGAUGAGGCGGACCAUGAUGGUGGUGGGCCCCCGUAUGAUACACUCCACAUCUAUGGCUACGAAGGAGCCGAGUCCAUUGCCGAGUCACUCAGCAGCCUUGUCACGGACUCCUCUGACUCAGAUGUUGACUAUGAUUUCUUGAAUGACUGGGGACCCAGGUUCAAAAUGUUGGCUGAGCUCUAUGGCACUGAGCCUAGCCAUGAGUUAGUAUAUUAGAGUCACCACUGACUGGGGACCAUGAAGGACAGAGGUCGUCAGAGGCCAGCCACAAUUGGCACGGAAGGCCGAGUUCUCACACUACGGGUCAACAAAACCCUUUUCAUUUGGAUCCCAGAAACCAGCCCCUUUGCAGGAAAAAAUCCAAAUCCUCAAGGCCACCUGAAAGAGACUGUAAGGAUAGACCAAGCCACUUUCUAAUUUCUUGCUCAAUAACUGUUGAGUUCACUUGAAUUUGGAAGAUGUAGAAAAACAGAGUAUAAUCACACACCCCAUCCCAUAUUUAUCUACCUACCUGGAGAGGCAGUAGGAUGUAGUAGAAAAAUACCUGGAUUUUGACCCAAGUUCAAAUUUUGCCUCUGCUAUUCACUGCUUAUGAAUGUGAAAAAGUCACUUCUCUGGGCCUCAGUUUCCUCUUUUGUAAAAUGAAGUGAAUGGACUGGUUGUUGUCCUUUGGUGCUCAAAGAAGACCAAAAUGGCAUCUCUAUGUCAGGGUCAAGGUACAGUGUGUCCAACUGGGGCUGAUCAGACCAAGGCAACCUCUAAGGUCUCUUCCGGCUCCAAACCCUGGGAUUAUGUGAAAAACAUGGUCAUUCUGACGAUGAAGGCACCACCAUCUAUCUACCUGAUGGCAGAUGCCACGUGAGAGAGCAAAUUAGCCAUUUCUACACGGCUUGCCGUGGCAACUAAGCAAGACCUGACGGCUCAGUCCCAUGCAGUACUUUGGGAGAGAAGAUAUCCACAGGGAAGCCAAGCUGACGGCACUUUGCUUUGCUUCAAAUUAGCACAAAGCUUUGCGGAAAAAUCUCCAUAGGUCACCCUUACUCCCUUUGAACCAACAAUACUAGAAGGACUCCCCCCUACACAUACACACACACACAGAGACCACACCACACCCAGUUCCUUAAAUCUGCUAACCACAGCGACCAUCUUUGGACUUUGGAGGCUACAGUGGUUAAAAUUCUCAGGCACCUCCUUAAUGAAUUUCAACUUCUAGAUCAGUCUGGUUUGGGUUCCAUGACCACAGAGAAGUGAACUUGGUGACCUGUGACUUCUGGAUGUGAUCUAUCCAGCUAGCUGGGCUAUUUCUAUUCAGUGAAUGGCCGGUGGAUCCUAGAAAUCUCUCUCUCUCUCUCUCUCUCUCUCUCUCUCUCUCUCUCUCUCUCUCUCUCUCUCUCUCUCACACACACACACACACACACACACACACACACACAUCUCUUAGAAACAGAAAUGCAUCCAUCAAUCAAGUAUGUACUUACCUUUGUUCUCUUAGAUCCUCUUCCAAAUACACACAAAAUCUCAGAGCUGGAAGAACUCUCAGAGGUCAGAUAUUCCAACCCCAUAGCUCCUAAACAUCCUAGAAAAGCAGUUGGUCAAAUGGCCUUUGCGUGAAGACGCAGGGAAGGAAAACUCACUACCUCCCAAGGCAAUCCAUUCCACUUUUGGACAGCUCUAAGUGUUAGGAAGUUUUUCUUAUACAGAGGUAAAAUCUGCCCCUGCGAUUUCCACCUAAUUAUAAUCCUGCCUAAUUUCUCCUAAUUCUGCCUUCUGAUUCCAAGCACAUUAAUUCUUAUCCUUCAUCAUGGCAGACCUUCAGACACUUGCAAACAGGAAGGCUUAUAUUUUCCUUAAGGAAAACUUUGUUAAAUUGUCUUUCCUGCAGACUGACCAUCUCCCAGUUCUUUCACCCAAUCUCCAUUAAGGCAAUGCUCCUAAGUACCUCACAAACCUGAUCCCCCCUUCCCCUGAAUAUGCUCUAAUUAUUCAGUGGCAUGCCUCAAAUCAGACACAAUACUCUGGUUGUGCUCUAAGACAAAGGACAGUGGGACACUCGUCUCCCUUGUUCUGAAUAUCCUGCCUCUAUUAAUGCACUAUUGCACCUGUGUAUAAUGCAGCAUUGGGUCUCAUUAUCUGUUGGGACUGCCCCAUCAUAUUGUUGACUUACAUUCAACUUGGAGUUGACUAGACCCCAUCAAUAUCACCCCCACUCUCAGGACAAAGCCAGACAAAGCUCCCAACACCACUUUAACAACUUAACUCUUGUACUGUGGCAUUGAAGGAUCCAUUGAACCCCUCUCCCAACCUUUGAAAUACAGAUUUAAUUUUUCCUCACAGAUGAGAUGAGAUGAUAGAGUUGGGAAAUGACCCACUACAGAAUAGAAUUUAAGACCAUCUUUUGUCCAUCUCCAAAUUUUCAACUUUUAACAUUUAAAGGAUCUGUGAUUUUGUUCUCCUUGUUACCACCCCCCCACCCCAACCAAUGCAUAUGGAAACCUCUUACUAUGUAAUAGGUAGUCUUUCAGAGUUGCUGUAUCUGAAAAUUUCAUUAACCUGUGCUCAACCUGGUGAGGUACCUCUCUGAAUUUAUCUAGUCUGGUCCUUGAACGACAAGCGCACGUUCACAGGGCCCAUACUUCCUGCUUAGUAAGAAACAUGUAUUCCAAUGGCAAAACCUUUGUAAAGUCCGGGUCAUCUGUGCAGGCACCACAAAAGGGCUGCAAACAAAGAAUGAAUCUUAAAAUGCUAUCUAAAUGGGAGCUACUGCAAUAUGUCCUUUUCCUUAGGAAUACCACCCAACAAAAGUCAACUUCAUUCCCUGUGAAGACCGAAGGGACCUAACUUUGCUGUCUUGACCUUGAUCUGAACCCUUCAUCCCUCCUCAUUACCACCACCAUUUGUUUUUUGUUUUUUGGUGAGGCAACUGGGGUUAAGUGACUUGCCCAGGGUCACACAGCUAGUAAGUAUCAAGUGUCUGAGGCUGAAUUUGAACUCAGGUCCUCCUGAAUCCAGGGCCAGUGCUUUAUCCACUGCACCACCUAGCUGCCCCAUCCAUUUGGUUUUUUUCCUAUGGAAUGGAGAUAGGCCUCUGUCCCUCUUUAUCUCAGGGCUAAAUGGGUAUGAGGUAUCCAUUGCCUCCUCUUCUGGUUGGUAUUCAAGUCCUACACCCAAGUUCAUGCCAGCCCCAUUGGGACAUUCCUCUCAUUUAGAUUCACUAAAGGAACCAAGAAAAACUUUCCCAGACCUGACUCAUAUUCCAUCAGGAGCCACUCAUGGUAAUUGAAAAAUCAAACAUUCUUUGGCAAAUAUGUAUCAAAAAGUUCACUGUCCACACAGCCAGAAGAAAUAUACUGAUAAUCCUGGUAGACUCAAUUUCUAAUCCAUGAAGCAAUGUCUUAAGUCUGUUUGGGGUGCUUGUACUUUGUGACAAAAUGUAUGUAACACUGAAAUAUUUACUGAACUCCUCACUAGUUGAGGUAUUUUUUCAAAAAAAAGUAUUUUAUUAUUUUCCAGUUACAUGUAAGGAUAGUUUUCAACAUUUGUUUUCAAAGGAUUUUUAGUUUCAAAUUUUUCUCCCACCCUCCCUUCUCCCCAAGACA